GGAAAUAAAAUCUUUCAACGGUGGAGAGGAAAGAACAUUUGCAUGGAGAAGGGAUUUUAUUGUUAAAUAUAAAAUUCCCGAUUAAUAUGGUUUUAUACAUCAUAAUAUAAUUCUAAAAUUACACAUUUAUUGACCAAUACAGCAUUGCAGUAUAUUUCUCACCUAGAAUAAGCUAUCAAUAAAGUCACAGUAAAUUAUCUUUAUUCAGUUUCUCCUCUUGAGAAAAUUCCACAAAGAAUUUCAGUUAUGAAUAUAUUGAUUUUACCAAUAAGUAUGAGAAACAUAAUAGCAACAUAUAAUUACGAUGCUAUAUAUAUCUUUAGAAAAACAGCAUCUAAUCAAAUACAUAGAUUUCUCAUAUAUAGACUGUUGUUAAUCUCGAUAGUUGUCAUAAUUAUUGAUAACACCAAGUAAUAUAGAUUCUGAAUAAAAUAUAUUGACGCCAAAUAAAUUGGUUUUCUACAUUGAAGGUAGGUUUCUCAAGAAUACAUUGGUGUUAUAUAGAAGAAAUUAAGGAGGCCGCAUAUACAGAUGCCGAAUAAUUGGAGUUCUAUAUUGAGAAACCUAUCAAUUACAGAUUUCUUAAAUGUUAUCCUUUGAUAUCCUUUUUUUUUUCCAAUAUAUUAUUUACACAAUUAAACCUACGAUAUCUGCACACUGUGUAAAGUGAUGACGUGGCUGCCCAAGGUUUUAGUUUUGGAGAAAAUUAAAAUAUUUUCAUAAGGCAAGUAGAGAACAACAAUGAUAGAAAUAUACUGGUAAAUCUUCUCUAGAUACCAUAUGGAUAAAGGAAAGUGAUAUGGUACAAUUAAUAUCCGUGAUCCUCGUUACCAUAAAGAAAGAGGAACCUCUUCCAUAAAUAUCAUAUAGACAUUUACAUUUUUACCUUUGCAUGUAUCCAUACCCUGUUAAGCAAAAGAUAUCUUCCCCAUUGAGUUAACCUCAUCUGCACAAGAAGCCAUAGAUUGCAACCGAAAAACGUUUGCUUUUCGUCCUCCUGACAAACUGGUCAAGAAAUAGAGAGGCAACCUUAAUAUUGCAUCCAGAAUUUCCAAGCCAAGAGACAAAGAGGGAGAUGUGGAGGAGAGCAUGGAGUUCGUCGGUGACAUUUGUGGGCAUGAUCAUGGCCAUGAUGGCGCAAUCGAGCGCCAUGGUGGUCAUUAAGUUUGCCAUGUCUCAAGGGAGCGACAAGUUCGUCCUUGUACUCUACAGCAACGUGCUGUCCACCAUUCUCUUUCUUCCUUGUCUCCUCAUUCUCCGCAGACCUGGUAGUCCUCGUCUCACGUCGUCCGUCCUCAUCAGAUUCUUCUUGCUGUCCCUGACCGGAUUCCUGGUACAGAUAUUUGCAUUCGUGGGACUUGAUUACAGCUCUCCUACGCUUGGUACCGCUCUUCUGAACCUCGUCCCCGCUUUCACCUUCAUACUCAGCAUCAGCUUCAGAAUGGAAAGAUUGGAGUGGAAGAGCUCGAGCAGCCAAGCUAAGGUUGUUGGAACCACAGUAUCGAUCGCGGGAGCAUUUGUGGUCGCUUUGUACAAGGGCCCGCCAGUCACUUUGUUAACAAGCUCGAGCUCUCCGCAUUCAAGCUGGGCCCUUGGUGGGUUCUUCCUUGUGUGCGAUGCACUGUUGAUCUCAUUAUGUUACAUUAUCCAGGCAUUGAUCCUCCGGGAUUAUCCGCUGGUGCAAAUCGUGACAUUCUUUUACCACUUAUUCAUGACCGUCUUCUCUGCUCUGCUCGCCCUGGUCUUAGUGAAGGACCCUAAGUCAUGGUCCCUACAGGAGUCGAGUUUGGUCUCGGUCAUAUACUCAUCAUUGGUGAUGAGUUUGCUCCAUACCGCGGUGAUCAUAUGGUGCGUAAAGAGGAGAGGGCCUGCGUAUGUUGCCAUGUUCCAGCCCCUAGGAAUAAUCAUUGCUGCGGUGCUUGGGAUCAUCUUCUUAGGGGACCCCUUAUGCCGUGGAAGCUUGAUCGGAGCAAUCGUGAUAGUGGGAGGAUUUUAUGUGGUGAUGUGGGGAAAGGCCAAAGAAUCAGAAGACAUGGCCAGUGGACCAUCCAGUGCAUCCGAGGCUCUGCCACAGACAAGCCAUAAGAUCCCAUUGCUAGCUCAAGAGCAAUGCUGAAAAUUGACACACCCCGAUACAGGAUCCCUGGCACCCGAUCGAGCUCAUAUGCGAGGAAUCAAAGUUACUUGCUCACUUAUUGGGAGUUCCAGGAUAUGUACAAUCAUCCAGAAAAAAAGGCAUGACAAAUCAUGCAUGUAAUAUGAUGUAAUAUAAUAUGCAUUUAAUGAAUCAUGAUCUGUAGCGGGAGCUUAUUGUUUCUAUUUAAUUCGCUCUGCUGAAAAAAUCGCAUGACCAAGGAACUUUGAUCCUGUUUGUAUAAAAUUUUAUUCUAAAUCAU